UCGUUAGGAUCGUCCCUCUGAGCCACCGUAGCAAUGAUAAACAUUGACAAGCAGCUGUUCCGUUAGUAUUAUGUUACAGAGCUCACGUGUACGAUAUUACUGCGUGGAGUGCAUCCGAGUGUUGUAGAAUAAACCUACCCGUGGCUCUAAUAAAGCGAUGGAUCCCGUCAUAAAAAUCAACCCGGGAGGAUCGAAAUGGGACAUUCGUCAGAAAGUUUGGGACUACAUAGAAGAAAAGAAUCUGGCAAACUUUCCGAGGCCCGUCCACAACAGAAUCCCAAAUUUCAAGGGUGCAGGUAAGGCAUGUUACAGCCUUGCAGGCCUGCAGGAGUUCAAGUCCAGCCAGACAGUCAAAGUUAACCCAGACAGACCCCAGCAGCAGGCACGCUUUAUCACCUUGGAAGCACGGAAAACUUUGUUGGUCCCAACUCCUCGUCUUCGUACAGGCCUUUUCAAUAGGAUUACUCCACCUGAAGGGGCUAGCAAAGAACAACUACGCAUAUGUUCUUCCUCUCAGGGUGUGAAAGACUUCAGUGUACCUGUUGGCCUGGAUGCAAAAAUUAAAAUUGACCUGAUGGUGGUUGGUUCUGUGGCGGUGUCGGAGAAAGGCUUUCGGAUUGGAAAAGGAGAAGGCUUUGCUGACUUGGAGUAUGGAAUGAUGGCUUCAAUGGGUGCCGUGAAUGAGUCUACUGUGGUGGUUACUGUUGUCCAUGACUGCCAGGUGAUGGACAUUCCAGAAGAUCUAAUGGGAAGUCAUGACCUGACUGUAGACUACAUCCUCACACCGACCAGAGUUAUUAAAACAGAUUGCCAGUUGCCUAAGCCAUGUGGAAUCAUCUGGAAUAAGCUGGACACAGAAAAGCUGCAAAAGAUCCCCAUCCUGAAGAAGCUGCGUGCUCUUGAAGAACAAGCUGGAAAGGAUGUAACACUGGGGGCAGCGCCUGUUGCGGCAGAAGCUGGUCUGCACGCCAGUCAACCCAAAAGGCAAACCAGACGGAGGCUGAGGCCAAACACACAGCAGGAUGCUGAGGGAGAAUCCAGCCAGGACUCUAGACUGGAAAAAAGAAUAGCGGGAGAACCAAAAGCCAGACAGCAUCUGACUAGAAUGAAUAAAGAAAGCAGAGGAGACGGCAAGGCAGGUAACGAGCAAGAAAUUGGCAAGACAAUAAAGGGAAAAAGUAGAGGGAACACAAAGGAGCAGGUCCCAGAAGAGGGUGGAAAUGAAGUCAAAUCUCAGCGUAAGCUCCAUCUGAGUGUGACAACAGUUUAUCUGGGAGGAAUCCCUGCUGGGCUGCGUGUUAGUGAGCUGAAAACCGCCCUCCGAGAGAGGGAGGCCACUCCACUGAGACUCACCUGGCAGGGAGCUCAGCACAGGGCCUUCCUGGAUUACAGUGACCCCCACGCUGCAGAUCAGGCCCUGGAGGCUCUGCAGGGGCUCGCUCUCAAUGGUCACAGUCUGCAGGCUGAACUGGCCAAGAGCCAGCGAGGAGGCAGGAAAUCUGGACAAUCCAGUAGAAGACCAAAACCAGCAGCGGCUCCGAAGUCUGAAGUAUCAGCACCAGAUGCUAAGAGUGAUGCCACAGAAAAAACUGAGCAGUAAAAGCAGUAAGAAAUAUA